GUCGCUGGGCGGGCCUAACGCCGCUGUGCGCCGCGCGGGGGGUGUCAAUGGAAGGGGAGGAAGAGAAGAGAGAAACCACCGAAGGGAGUUACCUCCGCGCUCUCCGAGAUAUGAGAUCGGGCCGUUUUCCAGCCGGUCCCCUUUCACGUUAACGAAGAAAAUCACUGGGAGGGCGGGGGAGAGAAAAAAAAGAAGAAAAAAGACCCGAAACACGCAGGUAGAGAGUUCGAAGAGCGCUUCUCCGCCGGCGGGUCAGUCGGUUUCCACGGCGCGAGCACAGCCUCUCUGCCCCGCGCGCGUGUGCGUGUUUACAAGCGAGUGCCACGGGCGAGGAAAGGACGAGAAAAGACACGGAAGGAAGGAAGGAAGGACGGUAGGAGGGAUGGUGGACAACUCGAGCGGCAGUAAGGCACAUAUGCCCAGCAUGUCUCAGGAGCCUGGCGUGGCCUUUCCUCAGAGCGCCUCUACGGGGGGGAUGAAGCUGGAGGCGGUGAUGGAGCAGCUCCAGCGCCAGCAGCAGGCCCGACUGGAAAUGGAGCGCAAGGAGAGGAAGCUGCGAGAGGCCCACAUCAUGUAUGCUCAGCAGGUCGCCGCCCAGCAGGCCAUCCUGGCGGCUGCCCGGGCGUCCGGGGCCAGCUUCAUGGGCAAGGGCCUGGCCGGGGUGGUCCCCGGCGUCGGGUUGCCUCCUAGGGUCUCCAAUCAGAGCAGUGUGGACUCCGAAAGGGAGGACGACGAGGACAGAGGCCGGGAUUCUGGGGACGAGGACGACGACAACGAGAUGAUGGAGGGCGACGAGGGCAGCGACGAGGACGAGGGAAGUGCCAGCGGCCUGGAGUUCCUCCGCAAGCAGACCCUGGCGCUGCAGCAGAGCGCGUCCCGCAUCCCGGCCCGGCCGUUUGGCAGUUACGCCGCGUCGGCGCCCCAGAGGGCUGCGUCCCCACCCAUCAGAGUGAAGCAGGAACCCGACGAGGGCCUGUCUCCAGCGGGGCCUCAAUCUGCUACCUCUCCAAAUGGACAGGCCGACUGGGGCUUCGAUGAUCACUUCAGACAGAACGGGAGUGCAGCCUGGGCGGAGGACGCUGACGGGAGCAGAGGAAGAGGAGAGGCCUCCAGAGACUUUGCUAAGCUGUAUGAACUGGACAGUGACCCUAAAAGGAAGGAGUUUUUGGAUGACCUCUUCACUUUCAUGCAGAAAAGAGGAACCCCAGUCAAUCGUAUCCCCAUCAUGGCCAAGCAGGUCCUGGAUCUGUACAUGCUGUACAAGCUAGUGACGGAGAAGGGAGGCCUUGUGGAGGUUAUCAAUAAGAAGAUCUGGAGAGAAAUUACAAAGGGACUCAACCUGCCUACCUCCAUCACCAGUGCCGCUUUCACCCUGCGUACACAGUACAUGAAAUACCUGUACCCGUAUGAGUGUGAGAGGAAAGGCCUCAGCUCGCCCGGUGAGCUCCAGGCCGCCAUCGACAGUAACCGGCGCGAGGGCCGUCGUCCCAGCUACAGCAGCAGCCUCUUCCGCUUCUCUCCCUCUCCCAGCACGGCUCCCCACAUCCUGUCGCCCCCCAAGAUGCACCUUUCGGCUCUGGGGGCCGGGGCCUCGGGGGUCCUCAAUGGCCUGCAGGGCUCACCGGGACACUCUCUGAAGAAAGAAGACUUGACCCCCUCUAUCAUGGCGGCGAGACCCUCCAUGACGAUGGCCCUGGGCAACCAGCAGGUGGCGGGUUUGGCGCGGGCCGCCACAUUGGAGCAGCUCAGAGAAAAGCUGGAGACCGGCGGAGGAGGAGGAGAGGGACCAGAGAGGAAGAUGGCCCGGCUGGCCGAGGAGCAGCAGCGCCUCAUGCAGCAGGCUUUCCAACACAACCUGCUGGCCAUGGCUUCCCAAAUGCCCAUGAACAUGCGACUGGGAGCCCCCACCAUCACCACCAGAGAUGAGAAGCAGCAGGACAUGUCUCUGAGCAUCUCCACCAAUGGAAAUGCCAGCAUCACUGUCUCAGUGGAAGUCAAUGGCACCAUCUACUCAGGAACCCUGUUUGCCCAGAAGUCCGGUGGGGCCCCGGGGCCCACUAUGUCUGCUGCUGCUGCUGCUGCUGCUUCGGCCCCCCCUGCUGGAGCCAGCACUAGCUACGGCUUCUCGGCUCCGCUGGGUCAGACCCCCAGCCCCACGUCCUCCUCCUCCUCCAAGGGCCCCGGCUCCGCCGAGGCGGCCCCCGGCGGGUCCCCCUAACACGGCAGCGGCCCUUUGUACCCGCUCCCCCAGGCCUCUCUUCCACCGGGAGGCCCAGCAAGAAUCCUACAGUACAAUGAGAAACGGAUACGAAUAACAAACUGUUGCACAACAAAUACCUCAUCGACCCUGUUAACCUCCGGGCACCAACCAUAAACACAGAGCCCAAAGAUCUUCUACGACGGCACAGCUAUGCAUUUUACUCUGCACACAGACACGCACUACACUACAAACACACACAAUGCUACACGCACACACAUGCAUACACACAUGCAUGCACGCACACACACACACACGAGUUAAUCCUAAUGCACAUGCUAAACACAAUCAGCUCAGCCAAACCCCACUGACAGGUGUAGUCACAACUGAACUUGAAUAGUUUUAUCUUUAACAUUUUGUUUGUUUGUUGCCAUUUUUGGGGGGAUUUUGUGUUUUUAGGAUGAUUAUUGUUUUUAGUUUUUCUCUUUUUACAUACCUCAAAUCAAGUAACCUGCAGUGGUAUCCUUACCUCAGGAGCUGUAGUAUAUUUAACCUGAAUCAACUUUAUUUUUAUAUUUUUUUUAAUUUUAUUUUUUGUGUGUGUGAGUUGCAAUCAGGGGAAGUCGGGUAUCUCUGACCAGUGGCACCUCGCAUACAGAGCCCCCGCCUCACAGUGGCCCCCCGGAUUCCUCCAACGCGCUGUAGACUCAAAGCGGGUGAACGAUCGGAUGCUGUGGAUCAGCACGUAACGCACCUCAGACCGCGUCCACUCCGUCACGCCGGCUGGAGGGCUCGUUGAAUUCACACACCUCCCAACGUGGACAGUACGCACAAGGAUUCGCUGUCAAAAAUGAAACUCAUUGCCGACCCGCACAAACUAUCUAUAAACGGUGCAUGGGGUUGGGGGGGGAACGGUUAAGAGGCGGUCCAGAAUCAGGUGUGAACUUGUUGCCCUCCCCGCCCCCAUUGUUGUGAAUCCUUCGCAAUGUGCGCCAGACAUGGGCGGUUUCAAUGCUUUGUUCCUCAGGCGUCACACGGGCCUCUCUGCCCCGGGGGGCGCGGGGGGGG